UACAACCACGCGACUCAUACACACACCAAAUCAAAACUACUUUUUUCUUCUCUUCUCUUCUUUAUAUAUUAAUAUUAAUAAUACACAUUUCUCCAUAAACUACAAAAGAAGAAUGACAAAAGUGCAAGAGAAAAUGAAUCAUCAUAAUGGGGUGAAUUUAUCAAUCCAAAGAGGCUUUGUCACAAAAUUAAAAUCAGGAUUGAAAGAAACUUUCUUCCCUGAUGAUCCAUUUAGGACAAUUAUGGAAGAAGAAAAAUUAUCUCGUAGGGUAAUUAAAGGGGUACAAUAUUUUGUACCAAUAUUUGAGUGGUUACCAAAUUAUAAUUUGCGUAUUUUUCUCUCUGAUUUAAUUGCUGGUCUCACCAUUGCUAGUCUUGCCAUUCCUCAAGGCAUUAGUUAUGCCAAACUUGCCAAUCUUCCUCCUCUUGUUGGACUUUAUUCAAGCUUUGUGCCACCACUAGUGUAUGCUGUUUUUGGGAGUUCUAGGCACAUGGCUGUGGGAACAAUAGCUGCAGCAUCAUUGCUUAUUGGUAACACUAUAUCAAGUGUAGUUGAUCCUAUAGAGGACCCAACAUUGUAUCUUCAUUUGAUUUUCACAACAACUUUUGUCACUGGUGUUUUCCAAGCUUGUUUGGGUUUUUUCAGGUUGGGAAUAUUAGUGGAUUUCUUUUCCCAUUCUACCAUCACUGGAUUCAUGGGAGGCACUGCAGUAAUUCUUAUCCUUCAACAACUAAAGGGUAUAUUUGGAUUAAAACAUUUUUCAUCCAAAACCAAUAUUAUAGCUGUGAUACAGGGCAUCAUCGCCAAUAGGCAUGAGAUACGAUGGGAAACAACAGUUCUUGGAAUAAUCUUCCUUGUUUUCUUACAAUUUACAAGGCACUUGAGGACAAAAAAACCAAAACUCUUUUGGGUAUCUGCUAUAGCUCCAAUGACAACUGUAAUUGUUGGUGGCCUUUUUACAUACCUUGUCAAAGGUCAAAAUCAUGGAAUUCAAAUUGUGGGACAUCUAGAUAAAGGAUUAAAUCCUAUAUCAAUCCAAUAUUUCAACUUUGAUAGUAAAUAUUUAUCAGCAGUGCUUAGAGCUGGCCUAAUCACUGGAGUUUUGUCAUUAGCGGAAGGAAUAGCCAUAGGAAGAAGCUUUUCAGUUACUGAUAAUACACCUCAUGAUGGAAACAAAGAGAUGAUAGCUUUUGGCCUUAUGAACUUAUGUGGUUCUUUUACAUCAUGUUACUUGACUAGUGGACCAUUUUCGAAGACGGCUGUAAAUUACAAUGCAGGGUGUAAAACAGCCAUGACAAAUGUGGUACAAGCAAUCCUAAUGGCUCUAACACUACAAUUUUUGGCACCAUUAUUUAGCAACACACCAAUUGUUGCUUUAUCAGCUAUUAUUAUAUCAGCCAUGGUUGGUCUCAUAAAUUAUGAAGAAGUUAUCUAUCUCUUCAAAGUUGACAAAUUUGAUUUUCUUAUUUGCAUGGGUGCAUUCUUGGGUGUCACCCUUAUAUCCAUGGAUGUUGGCCUCAUGAUCUCUGUUGGGCUAGGUAUACUUAGAGCACUAUUAUAUGUAGCUAGACCAGCAACAUGCAAGCUUGGAAAGUUAUCUGAUUCUGGUUUAUACAGAGAUGUUGAGCAAUAUACAAAUUCUUCAACAAUUCCAGGAGUUUUAAUUAUACAAGUUGGUUCCCCUGUUUAUUUUUCAAAUGCUACUUAUAUUAAAGAAAGGAUUCUGAGGUAUAUUAAAAGUGAAGAAACCUCUUCUGGAGAUAUUGUUGAAUACACCAUACUUGAUUUGACAGGAGUGACAUCCAUGGACACAACUGCUAUUGAAGGAUUAUUGGAGACAAAUAAAAUAUUACAAAGCAGAGGAAUUCAGAUGUCAUUAGUAAACCCAAGGAUGGAGGUUAUGGAGAAGCUAAUAGCAUCCAAAUUUGUUGAACAUAUUGGAAAGGAAUCAUUCUAUCUAAAUUUGGAUGAUGCAGUGAUGGCAAGUCAAUAUUCCCUUAGAACAUCCAAGACCAACUACAAUGAAGACACAGCUUAAAUAUAUAUAUAUUUUUUCAUUUUCAACUUCAACAAAUCAGUCUUGUCAAAAAAAAAAAAAGUACAACAAAUCAGAAUUAGGUUGUACACAAUGUUGUUUUUUUGGUUAUUAUAUUUUUUACAAAUGUUGUAUAAUGUUACUUGUUUAUGAAAUUGAGAAUGUAUUUUCAAAAAUGACUUCUCCCCAUA